CAGACAGCUGAAUAAAGAGACAGGAAAGAGCCCACCACAACCGUUGUUUUCAUACAGGAGACGAUCAGUCACAAUACUGCCAGUUAAAGCAGCAACAGCUGUGUGUAAAUGAGCGAGUUAGGUCAUCGGAGCACUUUAAUGGCACUUACUUAUGUAGAAUAUUGCGGUGUCAGCAGCAGCCAUUAUUUGAUCGCGGCCGGCUGGGUGGGGGUGCGAGACGACAACAGUAUAUAGUCUCAUAGUAAAGCCCACUGCCAUAUAGGAGUCCUUUCUCAGCCCCUCAUUCUUCUCAGGGUCGGCGACUUGGUGAAGGGCCAAGUUGUUUUGUAUUUGCCGUACGUACGUCCGUGAUGAAGACUCCCAACGAGGUAAUCCUUAGACAACGGCCCCCAUCAAGCGACAGGGGCCUCGACUGUUUUAGUGGUGUGUGAAAACCAAGACGCCGUACUGUGGUGAUGCGACGAUAUUCGAGAGAACGCAGACAGCAAAGAGCACCAGCAGCAGUACCAACAGCUGCAACAGCAGGCAGAACCCGAUCAGAUCAGCACACGGCUCUCUCCCAAGGCGAGAACCCAUCCGAAGUGUCAAAUCGAACAGGCAAAGUUAGCUCUGAAUCCAUCAACUGUUUAAGGAAGAAGCCCAUAUUUGCCCAAUUCCAGGUGAUGCCGGUACAGGAACAGUGAAAUCUGGAAACAGCGCAGAUGACGAUUAUGUUCAGCGUAAGCUAGAGACUGUAUACGGACGGUUGGAUCGAGUCAGUGCAGCACUAAGCGGCACUCGAAAGCGUCGAUGUUGUGUGCGUGUGGGACUCGGGUACACUCCCGGCCGCCGAGAGACAUGGCGUUCAGUAAAGGUGGGCGCUCCGAGCAGUCAUCUGUAGUAGAGGUAAUAAUACACUGACGGACUGCGGCGUGGAGCGCACACGGGUGGGAACGGCAAGCCUAGCGGGCGCAGUUUGUUUGUGCUUGGUGAUGAUAAUACGAAGAGAAUAAAAAGCAUAUGUAUUAAACAGUAAUUCAUUUGGAUCAUGGAAAUCGGUCCGCCAUGGCUGAAGAGAUGGUCGUUUGAGUGAAAGUGUUGUGAGGCACACUCGUACAGUUGAUGAUAUAACACAGUGGAUUAUCAAUAGCACCAGUGAAAUCAGCCUGCUUCGUCGGUCAAUUAUACUAUUAUUACUACAAACAGCAUCCAGAAGUGACAGUAGCUUAGCCGACGCUUUUGCGAAUGUUCACUAUGACGGAUUCUGCAUAGGAGGGGGUUGGCGUGGAUAGUGUACGUCACAGUCGCGGAGCCUGCUAACAGUCCCUAGAAGGAAAAUAGCAUCGAGGGCAAGUCAGGCUAGUUUUUACAACACCGUAUGUGUUUGAGUGAGAGCAAGGGUGCGGAUGUUAGCUUCGUGAUGUCGAAAUUAAGGUUAGAUCAUUGGGGCACGACCAUGUCAUCCGGACAGGUAUCUCCGAUGACUCCGCGAUCUCCCCCGUCCACUGGGCAUCGCCAGAUUCUAGCUCAACACGUGUCCAGGCCAAUUGUAACUCCAAAAGACGACUGUUCCACUCCGGGAGCCGGUAGUCAGGCAGCAGUCGACAUGCAGCUAGAAUUAGCCGAACGCGACGUGAUGAUAUCGACGCUUGAACGGCAGGUGGAGGAACAGAAACAGCUGCGAGCUCUCGAAACCAGACAGAUCGAGCAGAAAGCCGCUCGAAUAAAAGACUGGGUAUCAACAAAGCUCAAAGAGUUAGAAGAGCAGAACGUCCAUCUACAGGAACAGAAUGUCAAAGCUAAUCAGCAAUUGGACCAGCUGAAGGCGCGACUUGUUCAAUUAUCCAAGCUGAACACGAGGCCCGCGACGGCGCGCUGCUCACAUCUUUAUCUUGAUCUCGACAACUCGUUCAAAGGCAAUGGCGAUAAUGACGAAGAAAUAGAAAGACUAUCCCGUCAAGUAGAAGCAGUCGCGCAAGAGCUCGGUGCAGACUCAGUCACGAUGAAUCCGCUCUAUUCAAUGGAAUCACCUGUCAAGAUAAGUCAGCCCAAAACACCGAACCCACCUGCCGUAAAAAUGGGUCGCAAAAACUACGUUUAUCCUGGAGGCGCUGACGCGUCCCUUUUGAGUACGUCGAUAUCGGACAUGUCGCAGGACGACCGUGAAGGCUCGUUGCUCAGCCUAGAAGCUCACCUGGCAGCCAGCGAGGCCGCCAUCAGAAACAAUGCUUACACACCAAUGGCGCCUCCAUCUCCAAUUGUGAUUCAUAGCGGAUUCUCGAAACCCGCAUCGGGCGCAGGCUCCCUCGACAGGUCUGGCCGUGGGCCGGUUCGAAAGCUUCGUGAGGGUGAAAUUCGAGGUGGCAGUGAACGUGAUAGCAGGAGAAAACCUUCGGCUGCUGCAGGCGGAGUACACGCUGGGUUUCACAGCGGUGCGCAACGAGCCCCGACGCCGCCGCUACACAGAUGUCCCAGUUGGCGGAGAACGGCAACCGAGUCGCGUAUAUAUCAAGUGACAUCGUCCGGUUUGCAUCAGUCAUGCAACUCCUUAGCGUCGUCUGCUACCGGUCAGAAGUCUCUGGAUAUACCAAUGUAUACCGCAGUUCAUGGUCGAGCGGCGAAAGUAACAAGCGCUACUGCUGAAUCCAGCGAUGAAUCGAGUGAUGGUGAAGCCGUCACCCCGAAGGCAACAGACCACGCCUUAGGAAUGGGCCACACGGCGGCAGGAUAUCAUCGUACAUCGCACAACAACGCACCUGGACACUUCAAGAGAGAUGGAUCCCUGGACUCAGUUCUUUCUGAGGACUACGCAAUACCACCGGACGCGCUCUCCCCGUCGGUGAGCAUGGACUCGCUAGAGCCGGGAACGCGGGAGACGGGGGAAGGGCCGUCCGAUCUGACGGGCGUCGUCACUCCUCCUGCCGCGCCUCUUGGCCACCCAUUGGCCAGUCCUCUAGGGGCAGGCCCUCGGAACGGAGUACACCACGGACAUACCACAGGCACACAUCAUGGUGGCCCAUCGCAUGCUGCUCACAUGUUCGUCGAGCAAAUUGAGGCUUUGCACGCACAUAGCGCUAGUCCAAAGCGUCAUGAUACCACGACGACACACCAGCUAACAGAAAAGUGCGGAUACCUAAGCAAAUUGGGCGGGCCAUUAAAGACAUGGAGGAAACGAUGGUUUGUGCUGCGCGAGGGUCGGCUGCAUUAUUACAAAAGCGAAGGGGAUGUCCUCAGAAGGAAGGUGAAGGGUGAAGUGGUCCUAGACGAGGCUGCCCGGGUGCAGAGGACCAAUGAAGGAAUGCCAACGUUCGAAGUGGUGACCGCAAGAAGGACAUUCUCGUUAACGGCUGACUCGAUGCUGUUGAUGGAAGAGUGGCUUAGGGCGAUACAAAACGCCCUCUGCCGGAACGCGACUGUUCAAUUGCUUAACAGCCAAGAUGGGACUGUUAAGCCCGUUAUCCAGGGCUGGUGUACAAAGGUGAAGCACGGCCGUUGCAGAAAUUGCUGGUGUGUGUUGUUCCAGAGAACACUGUUGUAUUUCCGAAGUCCAAACGAUACGACUCCGUUAGGUCAAAUUAACAUGAGAGAUUGCAGGGUUGACGAAGUCGACCAUGUGUCCAGUGAUAGUAGUGACGAAGAUGAAGUUGAAGAUGCUUCGCGAGAAGAAGGUGGGUCGAGUUCUGGGCCUCGAGCAGGUGGUUCGGCAGGUACGUCCCGUUCCUACAAAGAAAGCCGACGCUUUACAAUUGGCAUCUUUCCGUCAGGCGGUGCCUCAACAUCAGCGUCUCCCUCCUACUUGCUGUUCCAUGACAAACAUGACUUCGAUACGUGGCUUUACCACCUCACGCUGGUCAGUUCGAGUGAACAUGUCAAUGGUACAGAAUUGGAACAGGUAUUGGCAAAGUUAGCCGAAGCGCAGGAGAUGGGCGGCGGCGGCGGGGAUGGAGCAGCGUCCCAGACUCUUUGGCGGUCGUCGAUUCUGCUAUUCUCGCGCGAGAGCCUUUCGACGCCGUUGACAUCCCUUCCGUCGUCGGAACUCCAGGCUGAGGCUUUGAAGAUGUUCAAGUCAAUCCAGUUGUUCAUGUCUGUGCCUCUAGACACGUCAGGCAUUGACUAUCACGUAGCGCUGGCGCAAAACGCGCUCGAUCUAUGCUUGGCAACGUUGCAAUUACGCAACGAAUUUUUCUGCCAAAUAAUUAAGCAGACAUCACGGCACACUCAUAAGCAGGGCAUGCAGCAGUUCCUGUUGUGCGCUACACAGUCGUUGUUCUUGUGCGAUUCUAACGAGCGAUUGAUGCGUGAAGAUUCGAAGUUAUCAGAUUCAUUGCCAUCUCCUGGCGACAAGGCGUGUGCUCCGGUGGCGUUCGCAAGCACCGAGUCGAAGCUCAACCCAGCGCCGUUUGUUUUCAUUCAAGGCUUCCAACUGCUGGCGAUUGCUCUGUCCCUAUUUCAGCCACGAUCGCGUGUUUUAUGGUUCCUACGUCAGCAUCUGACCCGUGUGGGCGACGCCAAUACCGAAAUCGGUAAAUGGGCGCUGUUUUGUGAGCGCGCCUUACAACGCGCCCUAGAUCGACCAGAACGUGCCUGCAGGCCUUCGCGUAUGGAAGUUCUUUCGCUGCUGCUCAAAAAUCCGUACCAUCAUUCACAUCCGCAUUCGAUUCCUGUUCAUUUUCUAAACGGAACCUAUCAAGUCGUUGGCUUUGAUGGAUCGACUACAGUGGACGAAUUCGUAACCACUCUUAACGAGGAGGUGAACAUCAGGCCCUGCGCUGGAUUCUAUCUAUUUUCGGACGAUCCAAUGGACCCAACGGCUGAAAUCUGUCUCCAACCCGAAGAUCGUCUAUGUGAUGCCAUUUCGCAGUGGGAGCAGGCUCUACGCGAAAAGCACUUGGGAAAGUUUGAAAUGAACAAGGUGAUCAAGCUCACGUACCGUAAUCGUCUAUUCUUUCGAGCUAGCCAGAAGGGUGAAACUGACAAAGAACGGCUACUGACUGUGUACUUCCUAAACCGAGAAAUCGUUCAAGGGCGCUUUCCUCUAACUAAACAAAUGGCGGUAGAAUUCUCAGCGCUGAUGGCUCAGAUAGAGUUUGGCGAUCGAGGUCAACACGUACUCGAUGAAAGCCACUCGAAAUCGAGCCCGAAACGACAAAUUCUGGAUCGCCUAUUGGCAGCUCAAUUCGCUCGCGACCCUGACUGUUGGCCCCAACUGGAAGCCAAAUGGGUGGCUCUUCGAGGUCGCAGCACAAGUGAGUGCGUGCGAAUUUUUCUCAACUGUGUCCGCAGCUGGCAUCUGUGCGGAGCUCAACUAUUUUCUGCUCGCUACAAGUCACGUGAACAGGUAGCAGUUUGGCUAUCUGUUAACGAAGAUGGAGUCUUUUUGCUCGAUGUUGCUUCUAUGAAGGUGUUGGCUCAGUAUCCUUACGCGGGCUUGAGUACGUUCGGUGGAUGCCGGGGUGACUUUAUGCUGGUGGCAGCGGCCGCAGGAAGCAGCGGACCCCAAGACAAGAUGAUGUUUCAUAUCCACAGUAAACAAAAGAUGCUCGAAUUGACGCUGUUGAUUGCCGAUUACAUGAAUAACGUCCUAGGCAGGUUCGGUACAUCACAGCCUGCCUCCCAAGCAUCUACGUUGACAGCUGCACGCUCUGGCAUCGCUACGCCAUCAUCGCCACUUAUCGGCGGUGACCGGGCUUUGCGCAGCGCGAAGAACUCACCGAUGCACACACUCAAAACGUCACACCAUUCAAGUGGUCUCGGUGCCGGGGAAUUAUGACAACUAGGCAACGUGGUGCCGCCCUCAUCGCCUCGAUCAGGCACCACGACUACGCCAAGACAUCGGACGACUACAGGCAACAAGGCCCCAGAUGGGGUCGUAAGCGGUCGCGCCACCUGGAAAUAAUGUAGGCCUCGAAUCAAGAGCUGAUGGAACGUCACGCAGUAAUUGGCAACGCCGACAAUUGUGCAGGUGGGGAAGCGUCUUUUCCCAGCUACGGCGCUUUUAUUUACAACGAUUUCGUUUUAGGGUAAAUUACUAUAUAUUGAUGUAAACAAAUAACUAAAGGCUAUUUUACACAUCUACAUAUAUAAUAUAAUGCAUACAUAGAGAAGAUUAGAUAUGUGGGUAUCUCUCUUCUGUCAGCAUACUAGCAUAAGGAAAAUAUCCGAACAGAUAACUAAUUAUAACAAGUAGAUUUUCUAUUAUCGUUGAUCGACGAUGAAACAGCCGUGUACAUAUGAUCGAAUUAUGGAGCACUUAUUUCCGCUGCCAAGAAACGAGGCGUGAAUGCGACUUUGAAUAACAAGCCGCUUGAAAACGUGAGCUCUGCAGUGUUUGAUAACGGCUCUAGAGUAAGCGAAUGUUAUGUCGCUCUUCGACAGAAGAUGUCAAGUUACAAUGAUUAUGAGAACAAAAACACUACCAUUUCUGCUUAUUUACACUUUUGUUAAUAUUCAGUUAUAGUCAUUUAUGAAACGGUUUUUGCUCUAGCUAUUUACAGUGCUUAGAUUCGCUGCGCUUUUAGCCUGUCUUUUUUCAGCUGUACCAAUACUGGCUACACAUCAUGGCCUGCUGGAAAAUAUAUUUCGGCACAUUCUAUCGGGCAGAAUAAGAAAUUACCGUUGUUACAGACAAUAAUUGACUUUGAAGUUCGCUUGCUGUUUGUUUUGCCACCUUACGCCCUUUGCUUUGAUUUCCUGUCUCUCAUUCGACGCCAUUCUGAGGGCUGGCAUGAUUUCUUCGUCUGCAUCUCUCUAUGUCAAACGCCCAUCCCGUCUUGGCUUCCAUAAACAUGUCUGCUACCGCAUGCCAGUGCGGAUCCUCCCUUCCAAGCGCCAAGCAGCCCUAGAACGGCUCGCGUUACCUGCCCAUUUGACUAUACCCACCAAAGUUAGAUGCAUAGAUUGCCUCUUCAGGACAGCAACAGCACCGAAGAAAGCUUUUCGUUUCAACUCGUCUCCUCUGUUGAUAACGUAAACAUCCGAUUUUGUGCUCCGAAUGUGACAUUUGUGUCCAUAAAUCCAACGUAAUCGAUCAGAAUUAUACCCAACUGAAAAUAUCACUGUUACGUUACUAUAGAAUGAUGUUUUGUUUCGUCUUCCUCUCAAGUACUCCUAGUGAUUCCAAUAGAGCGGGUUCAAUUCCGUUCAGUUCUUUUGCAGUUUGCUCAAAUGCGAACAUUAAAAUGCCCGAAAUAUUGCUGAUCGGUGCACCUUGGCCAUGUUUCAAAUUUUGCCGCCAAUAUCACCGUUAGGCUUUCCAUCGAGCAGCCGACUCUCAGCACAAAACGAAGUCUGUCCGCGUCCGAGUUUCAACCUAGGCCACAACGUGUCCCUAAGAUUACCAAGCUGAUACGUCGUUUUGAGCGGGUGUCCCUACUAUUCAACCGGACCUGAUUCCAUGCAGUUCUCGUAUUUACUUAUACCAAGUAAACGCUUGUGAAGAUGCAAAAAAAAUCCCUUUAUGAGAAUUUGUAGUUUGCUGUAUGAUUUGUCGCACAAUAUAAGCCAUAUUGAAAUGUUGAACAUUAAAUAUAGUUUUUUGCGGCCGGGUUAUGUCGAAAACCUUGACACAAAGGUGAGCAUCGUAUUUUGUCUGUCGAGUUGCUCUGUUCGGUAUUCGUUGAUAUCCAGAUAUAAUAUGAACAUCACUCUCUGUAGCUCAUUGACAGCGGAUACACCGCCUAAGUGCAUUGAAGAGAUAUUAUUUUCGUUAACUAUUUCGGUUCCUUGGAAGGCUGCAGGGGAUCGGAAGCAUAAAAAAACUUGCACGCAAAAAAAGUUCAAAGGUCGCGUCUACACGACAAACAGAUGAACGGCAUAUCUGAACCCCUUACAGCGCACUCGUGCUGUUUACUUAUCCAUUAUAUAUUAGACAACGAAAUCUUUACAAGUAAUAGAUGAUUCGGACUCUGUACCAUCAAAAUAGGUAUUUGAACUUACCCGAGUUGAAGUUCCAUAAAGUGUGUUGGCGAAGGGUUUGCUUUUGUGAUUCUUUUCGCGAAUUGAAUUUAGCGUAUUAACUAUUGGAGUUCAUGUCCAGUCAGUCAUACUUGGCUUUAAAGCAGCACCCAGUUUGCACGUACACUUCCCUUUGUUCAAAAAAAAAAGCCCUUUUCUUUUAACCAGCAACCUCAAUUUUUAAUAGAUAUCCAUAGUGACACUGAUUUAGUGUUGUGUCUUUCGCCACACCUAUAACCCUAUAAUAAGUAAUCCUAUUGUUAAUGGGAUAUAAUGACAAAUUCGGGGCAAAUUUAUCCACGAAUGGAACGGCCGGAAUGACACAUUCAUUCAUUAUCCAAAGCGGUCGGUAGCAGCCACCUUCGAGGACGCGAUGAUCAAGUUUCUUCUUAUAUUUACAAAUUUGUAGGUGUAGUUAAUUUUUAGUGCUAUGUUACUCACUGCUGCUUCGUUGGGCAACCCAAAGGGAGGUAUUGAAACGGGACAAUUUCACUGUAGCAACGACUUAGCAAAUUGGGAUACCCAGUGCAUGGAAAUGCACCUAGAGAAGUUACGGGGCUUAAUGAAACGAUAACGGCCGCAGCUACGUUAACCAGUCAGUCACGCUUAACUAUCCUUCUCUCCUUCAUGAAACCUCUACUGAGCUUGGCAUGGCGUGAAAAUUUGCCAAUAGUAAUAAGUUCCGAUUGAGAAUGUGAAUUUUGUAAAUGUGUAAUGUACUACGGAAAAAGGGAACUGUCUUUUGUAUAUGCCCUUCUCUGGUAUAAGCGGGAAGCACCCGCCGAAUACCCAUUUAUGUUUACUUGUGUGGUUCUUGACUGCUAUCAUUGCGUCAUUUCGGUAUUGCCCUUCUUUGAUCGAAGCAUGCCUUUGAACUAUGCGAUGAAGUAGCGAAGGUGUUUUCCUCUCGAGGCCGUUAGAGGCUAAGCGUUCAUAGCUUAGCAUCCACGAGACCCUUCAUUACACAUAGUAGCAUUUUGUUUCAACAUGUCCAAUGUGUAAUUGAUGAAAGUAUUGAGCAAAGUGGCGUUCUACUACAAGUAAUUUCUAAUAUCGGUCGCUUUGGCUGGCAGUGGGAUUGUCAUAAAGAAGACGAAACAGAUUUAGACGAAGCCUAUACACAAAUAAUGGUACGGUAAUUUAUCAAAUGCCAUAAUAUAACUAUUAGAAACAUUUUACGACUAAUUUAAUUUAAAUAAAUAAUAUAUUCGCAGAACUAUAUUAUAUCUGUAACAUAUGGCUCCCUAUUUAUACAGCAUCUACGUAUACGUGUGUAAAUUUCUUCCGCUCAACGGGACACGGAUCAUCACCAAGCAACAACAACAACAACAAAGAGUUUCCUUGUUAAUUUGCUCUAAUAGAUGCACGAAAUUUUAUAUUGUGAAUCUAGCAGCAAUCAGUAUUAACGACAAAAAGUCCCACAGGUUUACCUUAGCAGAAAAUAAACAUAAUAUGACAUUUUGCCUAAGUAUCCACAACUUCUUGCAUUGGUACAAGGACCUUCACAAGAAAAUCGUUCUAUAUUUUUUUGUAAACUAUUAUAUUAAAAAAUUUCGAAAGAAUCGUAGAAGUUGUGUAAGACUCCUAGAGAUCCUAAGCAUAUUUGAUUAUUAUAUGACUAUAUUCUAAUAGAAUGCAUAUUAAUUUAUUACAUAUAUAACGUACGUAAUAUAUUACGUUUAUUAUUAAUCAUUGAUGAUGUAAUAUAUUUACAAAGUUUAAAAAGUCCUACUAGGUACUAAUUGAACUUCUAGGUUUACUAGCUUUGCGCGAGCUUAGCGCCGUAUCAAUAACUCCAACCGAUGUUCGGUACAUGAGUCAGGGAUGCCAAGUUUUUGUGAAGUCUCGUCCUUCCAUUGUCUGGAACCACGAAUUUGAAAGCGGGCUUUUUCCCAUAUGUGUAUGUGUCUAUAUGUUAUUAAAGCGAAAACCAACUAUGCUGAACAAGUUUUCAAGCUUAUCGUUAUGGAAAACUCGACCACUUUUUACUUAUAUUCUGCUAAAGUAUCAACAUGAAUGAGUGAAAAGUGAACUGUGACCUUUAUAGGAUUUAAUUUUUUACGACACAAGUGAGCCUACACUUAGGACGACUAGAAAAGCAGCACAACAACAAAAAAAGAUGAAAGCGAGUCGAAGGAUGGUGUUUUUGCCUGUUUUUCGCACAAAACGACUCCAUACAGACACUAAAGGUAAUAAUCACUAGAUAUUAUAGAAAAACAACUAUUACAGUACCAAGCAUUCAAUAGAUAUAUUAGAUAGUGAGCUAAUAAUAAUAAUAAUAAUAACGUAAGCACGAAAAGUUCGACCCUGCGAUUAACGGGAGUUAUACAGAACGGUCACAAGGCCCCGUUGAGGCACUGAAAGAAACUUAUGAUAUGAUGAUGUCAAUAAAGGCCAACAAAAAUGUCGACCGGAGGGAACAUUCCA